CAGCUGUUUCUUCUUCCUGUGAAUGGCAUUCGCCAGUGGUCAAAUUGGGUAAACAGAAAUGUACAUUUGGUUGGUAACGUUACAACUCAUUUGUUGUCGCACGGUGUUAACAUGGCUUGAAUUAAAUACAUUUAAUGCAUUUUGGUUGAUCCAUCUUCCCCUGGAUUUCGACAAGUUGUAAAAUAAAGACGGCCUUGGAAAGAGCGCGCGCGGAUAAUUGCGGGCUGUGCGUGUGACAUCACACAUAUCCAUUACUAGCUCUUCUCGGCAUUGCUCGGGUUUGUAUUUAGGGGGAUGGGGCCGUGCAGAGGAUGAUAGAGCUCUCAUGGUGUUGUACUUUACUUCUUGGCUAAAUCCUUCCACUUCCUAACCGAGCCACCCACAUUGUUUUAUAUAUAGUACCAAUUCACGUAUGUAUUUUGGCCACGUUUGACCGGAGAAAAGUGGAGUAUCCGUACGACCACGGUGCACGCUGAAAAACUACAAAAUGUAUUCCAGUGGAGCUGCUGGAGCUGCUGAGAUGCUUGAACCACCUCACUCCUCGGGGUCAAUUGGCUCUGACCCCUCUGAUCCAGAUCCCCCGUCUCCCCCAGUGCCAGAGUAUGUGUUCAAACCCCCCUCGCGGCCAGACUUUGGCACCAUGGGUAGGACAAUCAAACUGCAGGCCAACUUCUUUGAGAUGGAGAUCCCCAAACUGGAGGUCUACCACUACGACAUUGACAUCAAGCCAGAGAAAUGCCCCAGAAGGGUCAACCGGGAAAUUGUGGAGCACAUGGUACAGCACUUUAAAACGCAGAUCUUUGGGGAUCGAAAGCCAGUGUAUGACGGGAGGAAGAAUCUCUACACAGCCAUGCCCUUACCCAUAGGCAGGGAAAAAGUGGAGCUGGAGGUGACCAUCCCAGGCGAGGGGAAAGACCGGAACUUCAAAGUGGCCAUAAAGUGGGUGUCCUGCGUCAGUCUGCAAGCUCUUCAAGAAGCCCUGUCUGGACGACUGCCAAACAUCCCCUUUGAGACCAUCCAGGCCCUGGACGUGGUCAUGAGACAUUUGCCCUCUAUGAGGUACACCCCCGUCGGACGUUCUUUCUUCACCCCUUCAGAGGGAUGCUCCAACCCCCUGGGCGGGGGCAGGGAGGUCUGGUUUGGGUUCCACCAAUCGGUUAGGCCUUCCCUGUGGAAGAUGAUGCUAAACAUUGACGUGUCGGCCACCGCCUUCUACAAGGCCCAGCCUGUGAUUGAGUUCAUGUGUGAGGUUUUGGAUUUCAAAAGUAUCGAAGAACAACAGAAACCCUUAACCGACUCCCAGAGAGUAAAGUUUACCAAGGAAAUCAAAGGUAAUCAUUCAUUACCAGGUCUGAAGGUUGAGAUCACUCACUGUGGUCAGAUGAAACGGAAGUACAGAGUAUGUAAUGUUACCAGAAGACCGGCCAGCCACCAGACGUUUCCACUGCAGCAGGAGAAUGGCCAGACCAUAGAAUGCACAGUAGCGCAGUACUUCAAAGACAAGUACAAACUCAUACUGCGCUACCCCCACCUCCCCUGUCUACAGGUCGGACAGGAGCAGAAACACACCUACCUCCCCCUCGAGGUCUGUAACAUAGUGGCUGGCCAGCGGUGCAUCAAGAAGCUGACCGACAAUCAAACAUCCACUAUGAUCCGUGCCACAGCCCGAUCGGCACCCGACCGUCAGGAAGAGAUCAGCAAACUGAUGAGAAGUGCCAACUUUAACAAUGAUCCUUACGUGCGUGAGUUUGGGGUGAUGGUGAGGGAUGAGAUGACCGAGGUGAACGGCAGAGUCCUCCAGGCCCCAUCCAUCCUCUAUGGAGGGCGGCAGAAUAAAGCAAUAGCAACUCCCAUCCAGGGAGUGUGGGACAUGAGGAACAAGCAGUUCCACACUGGCAUUGAGAUCAAGGUGUGGGCCAUUGCCUGCUUCGCCCCACAGAGACAGUGUACUGAACUCCUGCUUAAGGCGUUCACAGACCAGCUGCGUAAGAUCUCUCGCGACGCGGGGAUGCCCAUCCAGGGCCAACCCUGUUUCUGUAAGUACGCUCAGGGGGCGGACAGCGUGGAGCCCAUGUUCAAACACCUGAAGUACACCUACCAGGGCCUGCAGCUGGUGGUGGUCAUCCUGCCUGGGAAGACACCCGUCUAUGCUGAGGUGAAGCGUGUUGGUGACACGGUGCUAGGCAUGGCCACCCAGUGUGUCCAGGUCAAGAAUGUUCAGAAAACCACUCCCCAGACCCUUUCUAACCUCUGCCUGAAGAUCAACGUCAAGCUGGGCGGGGUCAACAACAUCCUCCUCCCACAGGGCAGGCCCCUGGUGUUCCAGCAGCCAGUCAUCUUCCUGGGUGCUGAUGUCACUCACCCUCCUGCUGGAGAUGGGAAGAAACCCUCCAUCGCUGCAGUGGUGGGGAGCAUGGACGCCCACCCCAGCCGCUACUGUGCCACGGUGCGGGUGCAGCAACAUCGCCAGGACAUCAUCCAGGACCUGGCCACAAUGGUCAGAGAGCUGCUCAUCCAGUUCUAUAAGUCCACCCGCUUCAAGCCCACCCGGAUCAUCUACUACCGCGACGGCAUAUCUGAGGGCCAGUUCAACCAGGUUAGACUUGAGGUGCUCCAACAUGAGUUACUGGCAAUCCGUGAGGCCUGCAUCAAACUGGAGAAGGACUACCAGCCCGGUAUCACCUUCGUGGUGGUGCAGAAGAGACACCACACUCGACUGUUCUGCAUGGACAGAAACGAGAGGGUUGGUAAGAGUGGCAACAUCCCUGCAGGCACCACAGUGGACACCAAAAUCACUCACCCAUCGGAGUUUGACUUCUACCUGUGUAGCCAUGCUGGCAUUCAGGGGACCAGCCGACCGUCCCAUUACCACGUGCUGUGGGACGACAACCAUUUCACCUCGGACGAGCUGCAGGUGCUAACCUACCAGCUGUGCCACACCUAUGUGCGCUGCACCCGCUCCGUGUCCAUCCCAGCACCAGCCUAUUACGCCCACCUGGUGGCAUUCCGUGCCCGUUAUCACCUGGUGGAUAAGGAGCAUGACAGUGCGGAGGGCAGUCACACGUCGGGACAGAGCAAUGGGCGUGACCAGCAGGCUUUGGCCAAGGCAGUUCAGAUCCACCAGGACACACUGCGCACUAUGUACUUCGCCUGAAGCACCGGUGGCGGGCAUUGGUGAGACAGACCCAACAGGGAAGAAGCCUUCUCUCCUCCCACCUAACCCCCUUACUGUAUCAGGUGUGGGCGUUAAGUGGGUUUGUCGUCUUGUCUCUCUCUGCCAGUAAAGGGGAAUGAUACCAAACAAAUUAGGGAGAUUUUUUUUCUCCAAAAUGUCCAGAAUUAUUUUCAAACAUGCAUACAAAACUGCUUUCUCCCCCCCCUUCCUGGCCUAACCCUGGUCAUUAUUAGGCAGUACUAUGUAAAAUGAUUCCUCAGAAAUGGGUUGUGGUGGAGUGGACUCCUUUAUUUUACAUGUUGUACAUUUUGUUUGUAUUUGUAAAUGCGGGGGAGAGAUUUGUAUUACUUUUCUUUACACUGACAGUUGGAAAUACUUGUAUCAAACUAAGGGGCGGUAUCAUCACACUUUGGUGGUGUUUAGACACUAUACAGUUUUCUGAAGGGGUCUCCAGGGUUGAAAGGAGGUGGGGAUAUCAAAGACGAGAACGGUCCGAUAGGUUUAUAAUCAUUCUUACUCUUCACAACUUUAUUUAUCAGCCAAUCAAAGCAAAGUGCACUGACCAGGACUUAAGUACACAAGUACUUAACAUCUUAUCUUUUCAUUUGUAUGUACUAUGAAUUUAACAGGCUUGGAUACAGUACCAGCCUCAAGAGUAUUUGUCCUCCAACACUGGUGACCAACACGUUUUUAUGCUGCAUCUGAUGACCGCUAAGCAAGUAAUUUUUGUAUUAGAUUUUCAUUAGACUUUGAAACUGUUAACACUUAUUUUUUAUCAAGACUUAUACAAAUUAAUAAUAUGAAAUUGUAACGACAGCAAUUUUUGCUGUCUUGCCUUUUACUUGGACUGGGUUGUUUUGUCAAUCUAUGGCCAGUGUGGCCAGCGAAUAGAAUUCCUAAUAGAAUGGGACUGGUUCCCAACAGACACCUUUUGUGUUCUCUGAGCCACAUUACAUGUGAAGACAUCUACAUUGGGGGGGGGUCAAGUCUCUUGAAAUGAAAUCUGUUGUCUCGUUUUAAUGUCCCCCUUAUUUUCAUGCAAUCUAUUUUACGAAUUUGUGCGUAGAUGACUUACACAUUCGAUUAAAGCAUUUGGAUAUUGUUAACCCUACCUAGUUUUCUUUAUGGUUUUAUGGCAGCGAAAUGGUUAUCUCCUGACUGGGGGUGGGGGGGGGGGGUGUAGUUGUAAUGCUGUCAUCUUGUAGUACAGUUGAUGUAUGAAUCGGUAUAGUAGAGUGAAACCUGUGAUGUCAAUGUCACACGUGUAGGUACUGGACUGAAGAUGGGGUGGGGUUCUAUUGGGGGAGAAAAGAUUCCAGAGACUGCUAGAUAUUUUCUCUUUGUUAUUCCUCUUAAAAAAGGGAGCAAUUAUGCUAUUCUACUAGUCGAGCAAAGUUGUACUUAUUUUUUUUUUUUUUUACAUAAGUAGUUUAAUUGUGGGCUUUGUAUCAUAGCCUCAUGGGAUAUAGGGUAUAUUUUGAAUACGCUUUUAGAAGAGAAUGCUAAAAUGAUAGAAGGAAUUUUUCAAAACGAUUGUCCGGUAUGUAGUUAUAAAGAAUAUAUAAAAUAAAAAAAAGUUUAUGCAGAGCUUGCAUGAAGAAAUUGUAAUGCUUUCCAAAAUGUUUUUUAUUCCUUUUUCUGUUCUCCUUAGUAAUGUCAUUUUAGCAGGGGUGUUUCAUAUAGCUUAGAUUGGCUGGCUUUUAUCUCGCUCUUUUCUAACUAUGCAUUGUUUUUAACCAAGAGAUUUUAGCAGUGACCUUUCCCAAAUAUGAAUUUAGGACAUUUGUAGAGUAGUAGUUUUUUGUUGCUUGGUGCGUUUUAAUAGCAUUUGUAGUGCUUCUUCCCUAGACCUUUGUAAUGGUAUGGGGGGUUGUGUUGUCAUUUGUAUUGUAUAUUUGAUAGCACAAAAAAUUCGGAAUAUACUUUGUAGAACACACAUCACUCUUAGCCAAACAAGAUUACACAUUUUAUACAAAAUUCAUGUCCUAAAGAAACUGAAGCACAAGAGACCAUUUUUAAUUCCAGGUGCUCGACUUUCUCUUUCACUAAUGUCACCUUAAAUCUCAAUGGACUUGUCCAAGAUGCUCUUCACUUGCCAUAAGUAUGGUAAUAGAUGCUGAAGUGGUUUUGAAUACUUUUUUUUCCUUCUCGCUACCUUAAUGACAUACAUUUCUCAUUACCUUCAAAGUCAUCCGAAGUCCGACUGACUGUUUGUGGAGCAUUCUUAGAAAUCAAGUACUUGAUAUUUACUUGGUUUUUUCCUUUAUCUUUGCUGGUCUCGCGAUUUGUAAAUUUUGAUGUAUUUUUGAUAGUAGUGAACAUAAAUUCCAUUGAUUGGUCAAGCCAAGCAAGAGACCCGGACAUACAUUAUGUGCAAUUGUGUUGAAAUGGCUGUGUGUUCUACCUCUUGUUACCUGUUCAAGUGUUAUGGUAACGUCACACUGUUGGUCAUUUCUUCAUAAUUACACAGGAUAUUAUAUCUGGUUGUCUUGUGUUUACACCUUUGUCAUGUAUGACAGUCAGUGAACCUGCGGUCUGUCGUCAUAGUUUCAUAGUUCUUGUGUGGGAUCUUAAAUCUUGUUCAAUAUGUUUCCAAAACAAACAAUGUGAUUUGAGAGCAAAUUAUUUGAUCGUAACAAGCUUAUUAUUUUAAUUGUUUUAUGCGCCAAUGCAUUAAUGUUUAGCACCUCAUUGCAUAUCUUUGGAGAUCGAUGGAGUUGCCUAACAGACUGCGUUGUAAACAUGUUGGUAAAGCCAAGGCUAAUAACAAUUUAGCUGCUCACCCACAAUUUGAUGAUUAGUAUUGUACGUUGACAUUUUUAUUUUAAGCUAUUUGCUUAAUACUUUUGAAUAUGCAACAUGUACUGCUGUGCUCCCAUAGAUACACAUGGGGUACACAGAAAGGCAUCUCCCAUGUUGCUUUAAUUGGGUUCAUUGAAUGAAAUGUUGUUUUUGGAAUGUGUCGUCUUAGCUCCCCUGUUGUUGUUGCUGUGUUAACUAAUCAAGCAUGACUUGUUGUAGGGUGCACUGGUCAAAACAGCAUGUUUGCUUGUCCAUUGAAUUGUGAACAUUCUCCUUUCAAUAUGGCUAAAGCUCAACUUUCCAUACUACCUUAUUUCAUCCAUUUUCCCUCCCUGAAGUCUGCCUCGCCUUUUGUUCACCCUAAACUUGUUUCUUGGGAGAUGUGGUCUUGUUACUGCUUAUUUGUGUUUUUAGUUACUUAUUUAUACACAGCACCUUGGAUUAUACCAGACCUGUACAGCAUUGCUUUUCCUGAAAAUAUCCAAAACAUUUGAUGUUAUUUUGCACUAAAAUAAAAACCCGUUUGGAGCUGUAGUAUAGUCACUAGUUUAUUGUCUGAGAGAAAAUGAGACCAGAUCAGCUGGUGAUAUGAUGCAUCAUGAGUCUCAAUACCAAGCUAGUUUGUCUGAGACCAUACCAAGUCAUUGCAUUGACAACUGGUCCCAGAUUACACACAAUCAAAUUGUAUUGGUCACAUACACGUGUUUAGCAGAUGUUGUAGGAAAUGCUUGUUUCUAGCUCCAACAGUGCUGUAAUAUCUAACCAUUUCCCAACGUAUACCCAAUAUACACAUCUAAGUAAGGAACGGGAUUAAGAAUGUAUACAUAUACAGACGAGCAAUGUCAGCGGCAUAGACUAUGACACAGUAUAUACAAAUGAGAUGAGUAAUACAACAUAUGUAAACUUUAAUAAAGUGGCCAGUGAUUUCAAGUCUGUGUGUAUAUAGGCAGAAGCCUCUGUGCUAGUGAUGGCACACUAAGUCAGACAUUCAGAUGGUUACACCUAGGCCUGUUUGUCGAGAGGGUUUCUCCCAGCCAGCAUGCAGUGGGGAUUCACUGAAAAUAAUGCCUUUUUAACGUCAUCGUCAGAUAAAUAACCGCCACGGGGUUGUCAUUGAAUCUCCUCCCAAAAGAGGGUGCUAUUCAUAAUUUAUUCUAUUGAGCUUUUGUAUUUCUAUGGCCAUGAAAAAGUUGAGGGAAAACCAUAUGCAAAACAAUAGUCGAAACUGACAUUUAUCUUACCAUGUAUUAGGAUGAUGAGUAGACGUCUGGUAGUUGGAACAUUCUGAUUGUAUAUCUUAUUGGUUGUGUAAAUGUGUAGCUAUAGUCUGAUGCCAAAGUUGUGUGUGGAAAAAGGGUCCAGCAAGUUGUUGGUUAAAUGUGUAUUACCUGCGUUGUUGUGGUCGCCAGAAUUAGAGAAGUCGGAGGCAUCAAAGAAUGUGGCAGAAUUAGUAGCAUAUCCGUAUGUAGGAGUUGACUGCACACCUUUUUUGACCGGAGAACACCUUGCUAUAUUGAAGCAAUAAGGCACCUCGGGGGUUUGUGGUAUACAGCCAAUAAACCACAGCUAAGGGCUGUUCUUAGGCGCAACGCAUUGCGGAGUGCCUGGACACAGCUCUUAGCCAAGGUAUAUUGGCCAUAUACCACAAACCCCUGAGGUGCCUUAUUGCUACUGGUUACCAAGGGGCGGCAGGUGGUUAGUGGUUAGAGCAUUGGGCCAGUAACCGAAAGGUUGCUGGAUCGAAUCCCCGAGCUGACAAGGUAAAAAUCUGUCGUCUGCCCUUGGACAAGGCAGUUAACCCACUGUUCCCUGGUAGGCCGUCAUUGUUAAUAAGAAUUUGACAUUAACUGACUUGCCUAGUUACAGGUUACAUUUAAAACUAACAUAAUUAGAGCAGUAAAAAUAAAUUGUUGGCACACCCAUGGUAUACGGUCUGAUAUACCGUGGCUUUCAGCCAAUUAGCAUUCAGGGCUGGAACCACCCAGCUUUAAACGAUUUAGUUUAAAGUUAAAUCAGGAAUGUACGCAAGUGAGAUACAGUUGCCAUAGGGAAGUCAUCCGUAGAUGGAAUGUGUAUUUGGUCUUGUACAAAAUAACAUUAAAAUCAUGCACAGACUAUCUCAAGUUAGUAAUUAUUGCAUGAAAUCAAGACAUGCAUAUGCAUCGUGGGCCGUGAAUAACAACUAUGUUGAUGGGGGUGUUUUCUUGUAUUAGAAGGCAUAUCAUGUUAAUAGAUAAUUGGAACUGAACAGUGGCUUUACAUUCUCGUCCCACGCCCUUGCAGGAAAAGUUGCUCUUCAUAUAAGGCUGAGACUCCAAGUCCUAUCAGAAGGUCUUUGUAUUAUCAAUGUUUAGGAUUAAAUCGAUGUUGAGCAUUUGCCACCUGAUUUUUGUACUGUCAGUCUAAGUAUUUGUGGAAAACAAAUAUCGAUAACUAAAGGUUAUGACUAAUAAUAGUCUGUCUUACACAUAAAGACAAUAGAUCCAAUAUUUAUCUUUAUCAUGCUUAUUUGAGUUGUUGGGGUCUGUUUGCGUGACAUUUUCAAAGGUAUCUCAGAUGGUGUAGCUUCUCCAUUGCUUAGCUUUACCCUGUAGUAGUUUUCACUUGUAUAGCUUUGAUUUGGGCAGAACAUUGUCUAGAUGUGCUGAGUAGUAGUAGUAUUGGCUGGCUUUUCUAUCCUAUCCAGCUAAGGUAAUGGCUCCUGUAUUACAGAGGAAAGUGAAAGCAAACAAAGUAAAUUACAAAGCGGGUGCUAUCUGUGUUCAAACUAUUUUAUACUGUGGGCAAACAAACUAUAUAAAAUCGGAUGUGUGUACAGAAAGGCCGCUCUCCUUUACCCAUCUUCCCUUGAAGGUCUACAUUUGAAAUAACAUCCCUGUUUAGAAGAGUAACUUAUUUUCUUAACUCAAAUGUAACAAUGAAUGUACUUAUGGCCAGUGUAUUUGUAAUAUUAAGUUGUAUCCACCUGUAAUUUAUGCUUGUAUCCAUAACUUUUUUUAAAUGCAUGCUCAUUAGCUUCAGUCCACAAACCUUAAACUGAUUGGCUCCUGAAAGUGGGAUAAAGUCCAACUUCAGUCUUUGUUUUCCAAAGUACCUUAGCAUAGGCUAACAUCACAUAUUGUCAAAUAAUGAAUUCCCCUUCUGUCAUCACAUUGAAUAGACAUGAGUAAGAAACUGAUUAUAGUCUCAUACAUCUUGUUCAUCAGAAAGCAAAAUGUUAUCAUUUAAUAGUUGAUUUCUUAGUUACAUUUGAAAGCUAUCACGGGAACAUUUAGACUUCUAUAAAAUAAAACACUUUUGCUACAUAGUGUCACACUGGUGCAAAGAUCGGUCCGUUUUUAUCUUUUUUCCUUUGUGUGUGAUUUUUGGCUUAUGCUCGUCUUGGUUCUGAUAUUCCACUACAGUACACACUAGAUAGUUUUAUGGAAAAUGACUAAUGCUGUCUCAGGCAACUAAUCCAACAUUUUAAUUUUGUGUUGACACCUUUGUCUGCAAAUGUCCAAGUUUUGAAGAUGCUUAUGAUCUCUAACAUGACGUGAUGCUGUCUCAGUGCCAUGGCUUCAGCAUGUCCUGCUGUGAUGAGCGUCCCAUAUCUCAGUCUACUCUCCCCCUUGAGUAAACGGCACGAUUGUUUUCUAGUGUUCUUCGGUUGAGCUGAUUCCAAGCACUAGGCCAGGAUUGUCGUUAUGCCAAGCUUGACCCCCUAUGAUCCUGUUUAAAAAGAGAACGGAGCCUUCAUAGUGCUUCACCAAACUAAUGCCAUAUAUGUGCAUUUAACAUGCAGGACUGACAUGGAUAUGUUAUAUCCUUCUGAAAGAAUUGAGGGCUUGAGAAUGACUUGGCUUUUUAUAUACCAACUUAGUAAACUACCUCAAAACGGUCUCGGGUGCUAGUGUUUAUCCCUAAUUUAUGACGAAGACAAAAAUCAAUUGUAGUGACCAAACAACAUAAGCCAAUACUGUGUAUUAGAUGGACAUUAUUUUACAUCCCAAAAAUGUAUUACAGAUUAACUUUACAUACAAAAACAAAGUUCAAAGGACCAAAUUUUGUAAUUGCAGUUCAAGUCUCAAUGUUAUUAUAUAUGCAUGCGAGUUCUCUUUUUAUUUUUUUAUAACUGUAGUGAUAACAAAAAUAACCAAUGAACGCUUAGCUAGCAGAAACUGAGUUGGGAGGAGUUCGCGUAGCAAUAUAAGCUGUAGUCAUGACUGGAUGAUAUAUUGACGUGCCAAUCGAAUGGCUAUUUAUUCGUCCAUCUAAUCACUUACUAUUCCUGCUAUAAGUUUUUGGUAGUAUUAAAUAUAAAUAAUGGGCUGCAGAUGGAGGCUUGUCAAUGGGAUGAUGUAUGCAGAGCAAUAACUACUGAAGUCCAAGCUAAGGUUGUGAUUUGCUUGACUAGGUGUAAUGCAAGUCUCACCUAGUGAGCUACAUGAACCCUGCCUUGUGAUCUAGUCAACUACAGCAGGCCUCAGACUCGGUGGCGUCUUUCAUUCAGCCUUUAAGAGAUGGAUGUCUGAUAAAUGGAAUAUACUUGUAGCUUAGCAAACACAUGGUCCACAGUUAAAGCUUACUAAGGGUCUGACACAAUCUGCAUCUUUAAGUGAUUUUAUCCAGUACCGCAAUAAAACCACCAAGGCUUUUAUUUCAUUUUGUUGUUGCCCUUUACCAGUUUUAAUCUGUUCUUACACCCAGAAAAAGGAAAAUAACUAUCAAACUUAAUUAUCCACAUUUGUAAUGUUUUAGAUGAGGUUAAUAUAUGUGUUUUUGCAUGCUACAUUUUACGAAGUGAAUACAUUUGAACUACACUUUCCUCAAUGUUUUGUACAUUGACAUGAUAUACAGAUGUAGCCUACUGGCAUAUUUCAGUCACUUAAGAUAAUCUGAUAGCCCAAUGGAAAGGUACAACAAUGGUAUGGAAAUUAAAUUCCAAUUCUCGUGUCAUUGUCAUCUGAUCUGAAAACAUCACAUGUUUUUAUGGUGUGCCUUUUUAGAGAUUUAUUGUCCACCAAUCCUAUUUGAGUUGCUCACCCAUAUUUGAUUUACAGCACCACAUAAAAUAAUUUCCACAUUAUCAUGCCAACUUGAGUGAAGACGCUGCAUAGAGUGAUCAGUAUUUGUGUUUUGCACUUUCGAAGCAGUUUAAAAAAAAUGCCCGCUUAAGGCAGAUAGAAAAAUGUAUAAAACACAAGGUAUUUUAUGCUAUCAACAUGAAUAAUGACUGAAGAGCUUUUCUAAAAAGGUAAAGAAAUAUCUAUAUAUAUUCACAAAGUACCUCAUAAGCCUGAAAAUGCUGCAUUGACUUUUCUCAUUUUUUAUUUUGUCUUCAUAUUGUCCAAUAAAAUGUAAAUAUCCCCUUUGGGAGGUUUGAUUGUCACAAGGCUGUGUAUAUGUCAUGCAAAACCAGUUCACUGUCAAACAUUUAAAUGGUAUUUUCUGAACCUGAAGCCAAAAUAAAUGGUUGUGUGAGAUUGUGUCAUGUAUGUACUUUUCUUAAAUACAUUUAUCAUCAUUCUAAAUUGUAGCCACACACUUUCCAUGUUUUGCUUGUUAGGAUGCUGUGAGUGUCCAAAGAACCCAAAAAGUUAGGAAUUCAUGUCAUUUUCCAUCAACAAAACUAUGGCGACUCCAUACUGUUGGACGUGACCGUUGACUCCGGUAUUGCCAUUGAGGGCUGUAUCUGCAACUGUUUGUCCUCCCUAUCUUAUUCUCCCACACCUUUGUCUUAAGAUAGCCUUAGAACUUCAAAUGGGGUACCUUCUUCUAGUAUAUUUGGCCUUAAGUACAAAAUUAUGCACUAGAAUCCACACCUUGAGAAACCAUGUCAUGCAUGCGUCAUUGCCACAUAUCUACCUCCUAUGAAUGUGUGUCCUGAAGAUGCAGUCACCUGAUUUUUAAUUUGUUCUGUUACUCUUUUUAUUUUUAUUUUAUGACAAUCAUCCUUGAAUUAUGAAUUAAAUAUUUUUGAAAAGCCCUA